AUCUUCUCUAGGAUCAGAGAUAUUUCUUUCAACCAAGAAUAUCCAUGCCUGAAGUUCCAGUUUAGAGAUAGAAUAAGUGUCUGCUGACACAUGUCACCAGUGUUUCAGAAUCAAAACCAGAAGAGAGCAGGUGCUAUAGUGCAGAAAAACGCCUGGCAGUCGGAAAAUAGAAAAUUGCCAGAAACAUGGCUGUCUAGAUAUGUGUUAUAAAAAAAGAUGAACUGCACAUGAACUUUGGGAGUUGUUUACGAAAACAAGCAGAGCUUCAGGGUAUUACAUGCCCUUUCCCUUAAUCACCCCAGAAUCUGAUAGAUCAAGAUUCGCAGAACUGGAUCCCUGCUAGUUAUGUGUUUCAUUGCUUUCACUGCUGCUUAGAAAUGGACAGAGAAACUUCUAAAGGAUUUCUUAUUCCAUGAAAGGAAACAUUCAGGGAAGAAAGAAAAAAAGCAGAGCUCUCUUUGCUGUUGCACAGACUGUAACCAUGGACCUGCGUAAACAACUGGAGAAUACUGAGAGGAACUGGAAUAAAGAGAAGAUGGAAUUGCUGGAGAGAUUUGACAAUGAAAGGAAAGAAUGGGAAUGUCAAUGGAAGAUCAUGCAGAAGAAAAUAGAAGAGCUCUACCAGGAGGUAAGACUUAGAAGGGAGAGCAAUAUGAACGUCCGUGAUAACAAUGCCAUUCAGAGCAAGAUGCUGCAGCUGUCUAUGCAUUCCCCUACUUUGCAAGAGAGUGACACAGUGGAGCUGAACUUUCAACACAAUAUGGAAAAUGACAAAAUGGAAAAAGGGAGUUUGCUCAGUAAAAAAGGACACGAAUGUAAAGAAACCAGAGCCAAGAGCAGAAACAAUACUCUGUUAAUGGACAAUCUGGCCUUUGAGAACCAUGAGGAACUUGAAGACAGCCACAGCACCAAAUCUUCCAAGAAAAAUACCAAGAAUUAUAUUGGUGAUCUCAAUGUAGCUCUUAAAGAACUUGCCAGAGUCAGUGAAGAAUUAUGCAGCUAUCAAGAAGAAAUUCGAAAGAGGUCCAACCACAGAAGAAUGAAGUCACUUCCUUUCCUGGGGGAAUUUGAGGAAACCCAAAACACGGUUAUUCUGCCUGAGAUGAACCAUGUGUCCAGCAAUGAAUCACAGACUUCAGUUGCUUUUGAAACAGAGGAACACAAUAACAGGAAGAAUCUGAUGAGCUCCACCAAGGCUUUGAAGGACAUGUCUUAUGGUGAUCUUACUGGUGACACAGGAACAGACUUCAGACCUUGGCAAAUGAAAGAAGCUCCACCAGUUCCUCCACGGAGCACUUCUCGGCACCUAACAAACUCACUUUCUGCAGUUGUACAGCUUUCUGAAGCACCAGUAAGAGACUCAGGCAUCAAAAGCAAUUACAAGGUUCAGGACUUUUGGAGUGGAGGGAAACUGAAGAAUUCUUCACCUGUAAACAAGAAUGAAUCUGCAGCAGCCUGUGCAAAUGAAGGGCAGGCUGUGAAAGUUCCUGUGAUGGUAACUGCUGCGGUACCUGCAACCAAAAAUGAGUGCAAAGUUCCAACAAGUUUCUGCCAUAACACAUGGGCAUAUGAUGUGGUCAAACUUGGGAAAGACAACAGAAGUGAGCCUUUCCAACUGUCAGCCCAAAAGAGUUGUUCAGAUGGAAAUAUGGCCCAAAGCAACAAGAUGCACCAGAAACAAAACCCCAAGUCUCACAGCAGCCCUUUUUACAGUAAUGACUUCUGUACCCCCGCUACCCUGCACAGUGACCUUUUGGAAGACACCAGAUAUACUUUGGGAAAGACCCAAAGAAAUGAAAUGUUAGCAGCAAAGAUCGAUGAGUUUAAUCGGACUGUAUUUCACACAGAUAAACAUAACAAUGCUCUGCAACAAAACCAGGUGCCUCAAACAGCAUCAGAAGAUCACAAAUCCUGUGAGCCACUGUGUGAGUCUGCUACUAGCAGGACAGACACUGUAAAUACGUCUUGUAUUUCAAAUCCCAAACUCUCUGGAGCCAAGGAGCAAGAAGCUAGCAACCCCAGCAAAGCUGUCAGGACAGCAGGGCAACAAAAACAAAUGAAUGGACUUCCAAAUACUAGUGGUUAUAGGCACAUGCUCCAGGAGCAUGACUGGAGACCAAGUAAUUUAUCCGGUCGCCCGCGUUCAGCUGACUCAAGGUCGAACUAUGGUGUUGUUGAAAAGCUUUUGAAAACCUAUGAAAAAUCAACAGUGACUUCUCCGUGUAAUGCAAAAUGCUGCAAAGAUAAGUGGAUACAGGCAAAUUCUGAAUUCACUGAUGAGGGUUGCGAGAAACUGAGUCAGUAUUUAGAAAUUCUCCAGAUUGAGCAAGAAAAGCAAGAAUUUCCGAGGAAUUCAGCCAAGCAUAUUGGGCAGCAACUCAAGCAAGGAAAAGAGAGACAGAAGUUACCAGAGAUCUGUGUGCCAGCUAAAUGUUCAAGUGAGAAGGGUUUUUCCCGUCCCGCUCGGCCAGCAAAUCGACGCUUACCUUCCAGAUGGGCAUCUAGAUCCCCCUCAGCACCACCUGCUGUGAGAAGAACGGUGUACAACUGCUCUGUCUCCUUUCGGUCAGAGACCUCAGUAGUCUGAACCCAGAGCUGGGUUGGAUGGUGUUGUGAAAGCUCUACGCCUCAUUAUAACUGUGUUUGGUAUGUGUCAUAGCAACCAGUUCUACACUGUUGUAUUUUGUCCAAGAGUGACCCCCACCACGUGCUGGACAAAGCAUUCUGAAUCUUAGGUCAUCAUCACCGUGGUCUUCAGUGUUUUUAUUGAGAUGAAAUAACUAUACCCCUGGUUUUCUCUGGGUUUUUUUUGGUAGUAGUUCACAAGGAAUUUAUUUUGAAUGGCAUCUUCCUUAAUUUGCCAAUCAAUUUUGAGUCAAAACAAUGUAUAGUGCUGUAUAUUCUGACUCUUCUGCAAACAGCAGAACGUAAAGCUGUAUGCAUGAUCAUGUGUUUGUAGGUGCAUGUGUUGGACUAGGAAGUAUACAGGCCUGUACUUAGAAGAGACAAACUGUGCUAGUGUUGACAUUGAAAUUGCAACCUAUAUGCCUACGUAUAUAUAUACUUCAUGUUUAUUUUAAGAAGUUUGAAAUAUACAGUCCUGAUGACAUUUAUAUUUUGUAUAUCUUUUACAUAGGUUCACAGGCGUAGUAUUUAAUGUAAAAAAUACUUAAAUAUUCAUUUUUUGUGACUGAUUGCAGCGAUAAUGCCUUGCACAAUAUGUAUCUGAAGCAGACUAGCUCGACUGAUUUAUCAGUCAUGCUUCAUGGCAUACUCGUUCGGUUUCCUAACCCUUAUGCUAGGUCAAAAUACCCAAACAUAUUUUUUUCUGAAUUAAAAUAUUAUAUGAUUUGUAAUAUGUUAGCCUUUUUCAGCACCAGAGACAUUUCUGAAAUGUUCCAAUCCCUUUAAAAAGCUUAAAUGUGCCAUUUUAUAUAUAGCAUACUGUAAACACUUUGGUAAUUUCAACUACUGUAACAUACAAUUUAUGAAGGGAAGAAAAGGGUUAUAUAUGCUCAAUUCUGUAAAACUUAUUUUUCCUUCUAGCAUUAUACUUUGAGGUUUGGCAAAGUCAAAUAACAAUGGACUUGUUUACUUUCACUCAAGGCAGGAGAACAAACACCGCUGUACCCAGUGCUGCAGCCACACUCCUCUUUUACUCUUCUCCUAGACUAGAGUGCCUGAGCCACUUGCUCAUUUACUGUUCCCCGACUGACUCAUGGCAGUCAGUUACAAAGUUUACUUGCACUCUGGCAACAAGCUGCAUCUAGUACGGAAAUAUUGCAUCGAGGUAUGAUCACAAUUGUGCCCAAAAUCGUAGACACGUGGCGUUGCAAGUAUGUUUUUGCCAUCACUUGACUUGGUAUUAUGGACCAUCUGAAUGACAUGCACAGAGCCUGGCUUGUUCCUUCCCACAGUGUGAGAGAAACAUGGAUGCUUCUCACACUCUGAACUUUCAGAAAGACAGUGUCUGUUAUCCUGGAAUUUUUGCACCCUUUGGUAGGCUGUUGCUGGAUGCAUAGUGCAGUAAUGAUGAUAAAUGUUACCUUUAAGUAGCAUGUCUAGGUUAAAAGGAGUAAAGAGGCACUUCUUCAACAUCAGCCUGAUCUUGUCUUACAACUUUUCUUCUCCUGGAGAAACAUAGGAUGUUCAAAGGAAUUUCAAAAAUCAUCCCAGGAUCCAUUAAUGUGCACAUCUUAUGUGAAUGUAAAAAGGAUUUGAGAGAGAGUGUAGGCUUUUGUCCUAGUGAAUUGUAUAUGUGGCAAUAUAGGGAAAAUUAAUUGUGCUUAAUUUGGUAGUGAUCUGUUGUCCUAUUCCAGUCAUGUUGAGAAUUCACGCCUUUUUCCUUCCUUUUAGGACCUUAUUGUUCUUUCCUCUACACAGCUUUGAUUUUGAAGAAAGAGAAAACAGGAGGCCAUGUGUUCUGAGCAAUAUAGCCUAUAUGGUAGCAUCAGUAACUGUUUGGGCUUGCCAAUAUUAGAACAAGCAGGCAUUAGAGCGCUAAAUCCCACCUUGUCAUGCCAUUGUGGCUGUCUGCUUGGCAAAACCAUACCCAGAGUAAUUUGCCCUGUCUAGACUUCUGGUCCUUUCUAAGUCUAUCUCACUAAAAUAUAUGAAGACUUCAAGCCAAUCAACAAUUCAUCAAAAUUUACUCAGACAUUGCGAAGUUCUUGCUGGAAAAGAUACAAGGACAGAAAAUCUUGAGGAAAAUUUAUACAGUUUGGAUGGAGACAAAAGUCUGUGUGCUUAAGUGAAAAAUCAAGAGUUCUAUAAAUUUGCCUGCUUGCCCUAAUUUAGAGAUUGCACUCCAUUAACUUCCUUAGCACUAAAAAAAUUAGAGAUGAUUCGCAGUAAAUUUGGAACAUGGCUUAAUAUUCUAACUGGAAAUUAGCAAACCAAAAUGCCUUGAAAAUUGACCUUUUAAUGCCUAAGUAGCUGACCAGCUUUAAAUGCCUAAGGCCGAGGAAAGAGUAAUAUGAAAGAAUUGUAAAAAAAUGGUUCUUCAUUUCAGUCAGAGAUGACUGCAAUAACACUCUUUAAAUUACCUCUAAGGUAAAGUUAAGCAGUUUUGUUCUGAAAAAUGGUGGUGCAGUUUUGUUUUAAGUAUUUAACUAUGAAAGCAUUUCCCUUGAUUAGUCAGUGAAAGUGUUUCUUUUGUUCCCUUCAGUUUCUUUGGUUGCCUUUGACAUAGACCACAUUGUUGAAUAACAGAGAAAGGAUCAAAUAUCGACAACAUUCCCUGAUGUAUGUAAGUUUAAUGAACAGAAGGUUUUUGAAAUAAACUAAUAGGUCAAGUA